AGUGGGACAGUUGGAACACCUCCGACUGGCUAUUACACUUUCAGUUUAUUUUCAACUGCCGAUUCUAGCGAAAGCGAAAACUGCUCCUGUUGGUGCGUCCAAGUCGAACGAAACGAAACCCUAUUACUGCACACGGUGCGUGUGAGCGGGUUGGUUUGAGUGUAUCGGUGUGCAGAAUUUCUGCUCUGCCGUCAUUUCUCUGAGUGAAAUGUGUUAUGUGUGAAAAAACGGGAAAGCAUUUUCCUCGUGCCGAGUUUUCCAAAUCUAGGAGGAAAAUACAACAUCCGUCACAAUCUCUCGGUGUGUGGCGGAUCAGUCUCGCGGUGGACGUGUGCGAAGUCGAAGGUUUUUCUGAGUGCUGACUCGAUCCGCGUGUUCUGUGUUGCUCUCCUCCGAGUCAAGGGAAAAAUCUAUCUAGAGCAUGGUUUAGUAGACGGAUCCGAGGAAGAGUGGAAGCAAUACCAAGCGUGAAAUAGUGUGUUAUAAAAAAUGAAUCAUUAGCAAAGUGAGUGCCGGAAUGAAAGAGUGAAACCGAAGCCAAAAAGCACCGCGCAUCAAACCAAAUGAAUUUAUAGAUGUAUUUUUUUUUGUCUGUUACCAAAUAUUUGAAAAGUAAGAGUUAUUAGAUAUGAAUAGUAUUGUUAUUAUCAGUUUAUGGAUAUUAUUACUACUUAACAAAGUUUUAUGUCAAGUUCCAGAUGAGACGGUACAAGUGUUGAGGAGCGAAAAGGUGGAACUGACAUGCCCGAUCGACAUCGAAACCUGCGGCGAGCUGCACUCGCUCAAAUGGUUCAAGGGCACCGAUCGCAUCGCGGUCGUCUCCGGUGACGGCGAGGUGGCCAAGGUCGAGGGCAGCUACAACGAUCGGCUCUACCUGGCCCACGAGAACCAGAGGAGUCGACUCAUCUUUAAGAACGUGGAAAUCUCUGAUGAAGAUACAUAUCUGUGUGAAACCACAUUUUUAGAGCCCUCCGAGGCAUGUGAAAACUCGGGAGCAUAUAGUAUAGCACUCAAUGUUUACGCCAUUCCUUCUGUAAUAGCACUUCAGGAUGGCAGUAGGAAUAGUAUUAAGAACGGUUCUCACGUUGGACCAAUGCGGGAGGGUCAGGAUCUGCAAGUCGUUUGCGAAGUAUACGGCGGCCGUCCAGUACCUGUGAUAAGUUGGCAUCGGUCGGGAAGUGUUGUUAGAGAUUCACAGAUUGUGGAGGAUCAUAAUGGGCUGUUCACAGUAAAGUCAACAUUAUCGCUUACACUGUCGCGCCAGGAACUGGGGGCGACCUACAUCUGUCGCGUCGAGAUGAAAGAGUUGCAGCUGGUUGUUGAUAAUCAUUUUCAUAUCGAUUUACACGUGAGACCUACGAAGAUCCAUUUAUCGGGUGUCAAACAUCACACGGUGGAAGGUAACGAAGUUUUACUACAGUGCCAGGUGAGCGGCGCUAGGCCGGCGGCCAACAUGACGUGGUACAACUCGACCAAGCUGAUACCGGCCGAAACGAACGAAAUCACCUCCGUCACCACACAAACGAACUUACAAAACGACGGCACAUUCGAGACCAUCAGUAAGUUGAUUUUCACUGCAACCCGUUUCGAAAACGGUGCAUCGGUGCGCUGCGAGGCGGACAACAUUGUGAUGCGUGACGACGGCGAUCGGCCACUGCAUGACACCCUCCCGCUCGAGGUCAUGUAUCCGCCAGUGGUUCGAGUGGGUGCAGAAAAUAUCACAGUCAACGAAACGCGGGAUUUCCUUCUCAAGUGCGACUAUGAGGCAAAUCCGGCCUCGCUUGAAAGUGUCAAGUGGUUCCGAAAUGAUCAGGAGAUCAAACUCGACAGCACCCGGCACGACGGGGGCAACCCGGAGAAUAUUGGCCUCAUCAUCAAGCAUGCGACCCGGCACGACAUCGGAGCCUACAAGUGCGAGCUGGCCAACUCCAUCGGGAAGGAUCUGUCCGACAACGAAAUCAAUGUUGAUGUUUUGUAUAAACCAACGGUGGUGCUGAACAUGGACCCGGAAACACCGGUGAUCGAAAACGACCAAGCCAACAUCACACUGCUGUGCAACAUAAUGGACGGCAAUCCGCUGCUGCUGACCAGGGUGCGUUGGUUUUUGGACGGUGAGUUCCUGAAAGAGCUGCCCGAGUGCAACAAUGACGAAGAUGGGAGCAGUUUGGGUGACGAGAAUCUGUGCGAGGUGGACCCGACCAAGAUGUUGCUGCAGAAUGUGGGUCGGGAAUUCAUUGGAAACUAUUCCUGCCAAGGUUUCAAUGAUGGUGGAUGGGGCGACAUCAGUGAAGAGAAUUCGCUGGAUAUCUACUACGAGCCGGGAAAUGCAACAAUAACACAUUUCCCGUAUAUUGGCAUCAAGAGGAGAAGCGUCACUUUCAACUGCUCGGUGGAAGACCGUGGAAACCCGGUAGCCACCAGAUUUCGAUGGCUGAGAGGUGACAAACCAGCCAAGGACGUGGUAACUCCUUCGUGGACAGUGGAUCCGGUGGGGUUGGAUUCGAGAACGACGUUUACGUGUUUUGCUUACAAUGAAGGCGGCGAAGGAAACGCCGCAGUGGUGCAUUUAGAAGUGCAUGCUCCACCGGCGUUUGUGCAAAAGCUGCAUCCAUACACCGGAGCAUUGUAUUCGACCUCGAACAUUUCUCUGGCCUGCCGGGUGGAAUGUGUCCCGUCGUGUACGAUUUCCUGGUUCAAGGAUGGAGUAGGAAUUGAGGAUUCGGAUGAGAGGUACUACAUUACUAGCAGCUAUCUACCUGCGGAGCCGGCUACGGGAGAUUUCGAGAGUGCUUACUCGGUGCUGCAUUUCAACAUGUCUACCUGGCCGGACGGCAUACUAGAUCGCAUUCGUGAUAGCUCAAACUAUUCGUGCGUCUCAUCUAAUAACACAGCAGGCCCUGGAGUUCGCAGCACGACGUAUUUCGGCGUAGAAUAUCCUCCGGAGAACACAUCGCUAUCGAGUCCGGUCAUCUCGGUGGAGGAGGGCAAAAUUCCCCCGCGGAUUGUGUGCUCUUCCCGAGCCUAUCCGGAACCGGAAUUCAGCUGGUGGCGCAACGCGGCCAAUAUUGUGAAUGGGAGCUCGCUGAUCGUAAACACCGUGAUGGAGAGGAACGACGCUGGCGUUUACACGUGUGUUGCAUCCAACAAGCAUGGCAACCACUCGACCGAUGCCGUCAUCGAUAUACACUAUAAGCCCACGUGCACCAUAGCCCGCAAGGAGGUCAACGACGAGGACAUUCUCAUUUGCACCGCGAUCGGAAGCCCCAAGGAAUCGGAAUUCGAGUGGAGUCUCAAGUACGAGAACGAUACGCUACAGAACCAUAAGACGCGCGGCGAUGCCUACGAGAGCGUUCUGGUGCUGGACAACGACGUCUCGGCGAUGCGAACGUACGUCUGCGUGGCCACCAACAGCGUCGGAAUGGGGAAGCCGUGUGAAAUUGAGGUGGCAGGAUACGUGGCCUGGUGGCUUAAAGGAGACAUCCUGACGCCGUACAUACUGAUUGCAGCCGUCGCUGCGUUGCUGCUCGCCGUGAUACUGAUUUGUGUUAUCAUUAUCUGCAUUUGCCGUCGCAAGAGAAGGCAGGACAAAUCGUCGAUCCAAAUUGAGGAGAUCGAAGAUGCGGAGUUUUCCUUCAUGAAGAAUCAAAGGCCCCCGUCGAAGCCCGAGCCAGACGCGUCCGAGAAUAUUCAACAGUAUGACAAAACCGUCCGUUGGCGAAUACGCCGUUUCUUCGAGAAGCGAAACAGUAUCGAUCUGCUCAAACUUUCAACACAAAAUGUUAUUACUUAUGUUAAAAAGCCUCAAGUUCCAACGGCACCCACCUCAGCCACCACCAAAGAACCGCAGCAAACAGGCGAUGAUAGAAAUGAGAAUGUACCAUCAACUAGUGCAGAUGUAGUAGUUACUGGAGAAUCAUCGACUGCUGGAGGAUCCCAAAUAGAACCAGGAGAAUAUGAAAACCUACCCUUCCAUGGUAUACAAACUCCUCCCAAGAAGGCUUUCCUAGCAAAGAAUAGUCUCGCUCCGGCAGUGAAGUGCCCUAACAAGUCGCUAACACCCUCCUGUUUUCCAACUCAUCCGUACAACUACAUCAACUAUCAGCAACGUGAUAGCAGUUGCAAACCGACCUCCAGUCUUUCGUCCUAUAACACUAGUCAAUCGACUGUGCUAACUAACCAAAGCAAUAUGUCCUCGCUGUCCAACAGCCAGGAUUCCUCGAGCAACACUAACUCCUAUCUCAGUAAGACCAUAGAGCGGAAGAAACCUAGCCAGCAUCAGCAGUUGCUGGACAACAGCGAUACCCUUUCGACCCAUAGUUUCUCUUCGGGGAAAUCGCUCAAACGACCACCCGGUCUCGGUGGCACCAAUGGUGAAAAUAAGAAACUCAUUGAUCUCGAAACGGUCACCCCACUGUAUGAGAAUCUAACCGAUUCCAUCCAGAUUCAUGAAUCUCCGAUGGGAAAUGCUGGAAGCGGCAUCGGAGGCAAAUUUGCAAUUGACGGUCACGAACGGUACAAGAUCAGUUUACGAAAACCGAGAAAAUGUAGUAGUCGGUCAAACAGUGCCGUUUCCAAUAGUUACUACGACUGUAUUAAGCCCAUUCCGGCACCACGACAUCGGAAGUAUGCGUCCACAAAUUCACUUCUAUCGAAGAAUAUCCAAAUGUAUAGCAACAAGCUGGAUCCGAUCUACAUGAAUCUGCCGGUCAGCUCCGGUUACGAGACGGAUCCGCGUUCAAACGACGAGUUCAACAGCAGCGAGUGUCCCACUGCAUACGAUAACCAAUACUUCGAGAUCACCCAGCACCAGACUCGUAUCCUGAUACCGAAAGAGCUCUUCCCCGUAGAUAGAAGCAACCAAGUCAAAAUAAAUCAAUUACUGAAGAAGAAUCUAGUUUCAUCGAACCGACGUCACAUUAAACUGCCUUUACAAAAACAUCAUAGCUUUAAUUUCCAAUCCUCCCAAACCGUGGAAGCGACUGUUCGCGAUCUCAAGAUCAAAUCGCAUUCGAUUAGUUCGAAAACACUGCGAGACUAUCGCAACAGUAGCAAUAUUAACAACAACAUCAACAACAGCAGUAGCAGUAACAACAUCAGUGGCGGUAGCAACAGCAACAACAACAUCAUCACUAGUAGCAAUUUUAUCAGUAGCAACAGCAGCCACAAGUUCCCGACUAGCUCCACAAAUCCGUUCAUCAACAGUAGCAAUACCCUGGCAACUCUCAGCAGUAGCAGUAGCAGUCGUCGUUCGCUGGCAGUAGCCCGUCAGCACACGACCCUGGCAACGGCAACGCUUGCUACGGUUCGGCAGCACCCAUCCAGCAGCCGAUCGCAAAGUGAGGACGAAAGUAGCAGCGAUCAGGAACCCAUCAAGCCGCCACCCCAUUUUCACCACCCACAACAACAUCAACAACACCAUCUGAAGCAUCACCCUCAGCACAACAAUCUAGUAGGAGGCACGACACACACGGCGGCGAUCAUCAAUGCCGUAACCGCCACAACCGCACCAGUCUACAAGUAUGAAACUAACUCGAUAGCCUUUAAACCUAUCACUCCUGUGCCAACGAGUACUCCAGCAAUAACUAACUCUAAAUCAUCGGUUAAUAAUAUGUGUAAAGACAAAUUUGCUAUUAAAUAAUAAAACUAAAAAAGAGACGGAAAAAAACAUGAAGAAGAAACAGGAUCUGAGAUAACAAA